CUCCUUCGUAAUCCUGCAUUCUUGUCCUUUUGUCUCUACGACUGUUCCUUCCUACUCAGCAUCUUCCUAUUCUUGUAACAUUGUACUGCUCCUGCCAUGUAUUGAUUGCUGUCUUGUUAGACACACCCAUCUGCUUCCUACAUUCUAUAUAACCCUUGGCUGCCAUUUGAAGAAAAAGCCGCUUGUAACACCCCUCCUGCGCUACUCGAUCCAUAGCUUUAAUAAUGCUCUCCACUUUCCGUGCUGUCCGACCUCCUACGGCACGUCGUAGCUUGCCAACUACUUCCUUCUACCAUAGUCAGCUCAGCUCUACGGAUUUUUUACUGCGACAAUACGUUGCUCGCUCUCCUUACUCGUCCUCCACUUCCACCACCUCUUCAACCGGGUCCUCCAAUGCAUCGACUACACCAUCAUCGCGUCCGCAGUCCUCGGCGGCGGCCACUCCAAACCAGACCAUGCCUGAGGGCUGGGAGGACAAUGCCGACUACUCUCAGAUCACCACCUUCUCACAACUUCCCCACCGCUUCUUCGGUACAAACCAGCACAUAAAAAUCAAUGAAGACUUCAAGGAAGCUAUGCGCCAGAUCCUGUGGCAGUUCCGUGCACCCAUCCGCUACGCUUUCGCCUACGGCAGUGGUGUCUUCACACAAUCCUCGAACCAGUCAGCAGCUAGUGUCGCCCAGUCUUUCUCUCCUCACCCUCAUCCACCGGAAGCCGUGACCAAAUGGCAGGAAGGAGGAGGCAAGAUCAUUGACUUCAUCUUUGGUGUCUCUCACACUGAGCAUUGGCACUCGACCAACAUGCGCCAAAAUCCCCAUCACUACAGUUUUUUGAAGAGUCUAGGAUCCUACACCGUUUCCAAGGUCCAGGAUAGCUUUGGUGCUGGAGUCUACUUCAACCCUUACAUCACAGUCAACGGUGUCAUGAUCAAAUAUGGUGUUGUAAACAUCGAUACAAUCUGCAGAGAUUUGAGUGAGUGGAACACCCUCUACCUGGCUGGUCGUCUGCAAAAGCCCGUGAAAAUUCUCAGGGAUGACCCGAGAGUCAGACUCGCAAACCAGAUCAAUCUUAUGGCUGCUGUACGCACGGCUCUGCUCAUGCUACCCGAAAACUUCACCGAGAGACAACUCUAUACGACUAUCGCUGGGAUCUCGUACAUGGGUGACCCUAGAAUGAACCCCAGGUUUGGCGGUGAAAACCCACGCAAGGUAGCCAAUAUCGUUGACGCACAGUUGCCGAGCUUCCGUCAGCUUUAUGUACCUCUCAUCGAGAAUCUCCCCAACGUAGACUUCAACGACUCAAGGGUUCCUGCAGAGCAUGGUUGGGAGACAGAGGCCGCCAUUGCUAACGCUCUCUCAUCCUCUGGAAAAGCCGUUCCGGCCGAGGAUAUUAUUGGUGGUCUGGAAGGUUUCAAGCUGCAGCAAGACAUGGAUCCCAAGCGUCGCGGAAACAUGGUCCGCCGUUUGCCUAAGGGCUUCCGCCAGAAGCUCUACUGGAAUUACCAGAAGAAGUUCCAGAUCCCUGGAUCAGCCUUUGACAAGGUUAUCGAAGACGCUACAGAUGAAGAUGCUAUGAGCAUCAGACGUCGUGAAGGUGGUGACUUUGAGCGUCGCAUUGGUACCGAAGAGGACAUCCCCGAGGCAGUCGGCGAUUGCAUCAAGGAUACGAUCAGCUGGCCGAGUACCAGUCAGUCUAUCAAAGGACUCUUCACCGCAGGUCCAACGCGAUCCUGGAAGUAUCUUCAAGAAAAGCGCCAAAAGAGUAAACUAGGUAAGGCUCAGAAAGAGGGCGAGAAAGAGGCCAAGGAGAAGCAAGAAUAAAGACAAGAAGUGACAAAAUUGGCCGCCCACUCUUGUAUAUAUGGCGAGGAAGCCGGUCUGGUUUUAUCUAUUGCUCGAGCAUAGCGUUGGUUUUAAGCGUUUGUGACUUACAAAAAGAGGCAAAAGCUUGUCGGGAAGCACUAUAGAUCGUGAGUGUAUCAUUCUCAUGUUGAAUACAAAAUCAUAUUCGUUUCAAUAACCAGUUGGAUAUUGUGUCUCGCCGCUCCCGAGAACAUGAUACUUCUGUGUAACAGUCACCCCAGUCCAGGAAAAUCAUUAGAAGUUGGAGGAUGAUACGCUCGAGAUCUUUGCCUCUCUCCCCCCGACCCUAGCAACUCGAUGGGACUUCUCAAUGGCAACUCCGCUCGAGCUUUGACGGUUUCCAACCCAUGAACACAUG